CUUAAGUGACCAAGCCGCCUCCCUCAACUGCUCCUCCCCGUCGGUGGCUCCUCCCUGUCGACGGUCCAUACCGUCUCCGCCUCCUACCCGUCGCUGCCUCCUGGCCAAGACCGACUUCUUGCCCCUCUCCUGCUUCUGCCCAAUAAGCCUCUGUUGGAAAAUGAGCUAUGAACCAUUCAGGGGUCUAAGUACUGAGGCAUAAGAGCUUGGGUCAGAACUUGAAAUCCGAAACCGUGCAAAGGUGUCAUCUUGAUGGUGUCCAAACUGAAAUUCCUGUUAAACCAACGGAUAACACCAAAGCAGGCCCUGCAAAUUCAUGCUUGCAUUAUUGUCAAUAGUGUUACCCACCUUGAACCUCUUUUGGUCCGUCAGGUUCUCCUUUCCGUUAGCAAUUACUCGGCUAGCAUAAUUCGAUAUGUGGAAUUAAUCCUUCACCAUAUGCAAGCCCCAGAUGCAUUUUCAUGGGGCUUCACAGUGCGGUUUUUGUCCCAAAAUGGUCGAUUCAGUGAGGCGUGCUCUCUGUACAGUGAGAUGCAGAGGCUAGGACUGUGUCCGAGUAGUUUCGCGGUGUCCUCUGCUUUAAGGGCCUGUGCUAGGAAAGUAGAUAAGGUCGGUGGAAGUUUGAUUCAUGCCCAGGCUCAUAAACUUGGCUUCUGUGGCUGUGUCUAUGUGCAAACAGCGCUCUUGGAUUUGUAUUCAAGAGUUGGUGAUAUGGAAACUGCUCAGAGGAUUUUUGAUGAGAUGCCCGAAAGGAAUGUGGUUUCAUGGAACUCGGCUUUAUCCGGGUACGUGAAAACAGGGAAUGUCAAAAUGGCCCGGAAGAUAUUUGAUGAGAUCCCGGAGAAGGAUGUUGUUUCCUGGAACUCGAUGAUUUCUGGCUAUGCGAGAGUAAGGAACAUGGAGCAGGCUGCCCUUUUGUUUCAACAGAUGCCAGAAAGAGAUUCAGCUUCUUGGAAUGCUAUGCUUAGUGGUUACAUAGAUUACGGGAACAUAGAAUCAGCCCGAAGGCUCUUUGAUGCAAUGCCCCAGCAAAGUAGUGUUUCAUGGAUCACUAUGAUUGCUGGGUAUUCAAAAUGUGGAGAUGUCGAUUCUGCUCGUAUACUCUUUGAUCAAAUAGCUGUGAAAGAUCUUCUUAUAUAUAAUGCCAUGAUAGCAUGCUAUGCGCAAAAUAGUCGGGCUCAGGAAGCCCUUCAGCUAUUUAAUGAUAUGAUCCAGCCUGAUGUAGAUAUUUUGCCUGAUGAAAUAACAUUCUCAAGUAUUAUAUCUGCUUGUUCACAACUUGGAGAUUUGACGUCUGGGUUUUGGAUAGAAUCUUGCAUGCGUAAGCUUGGGAUAAGAAUGGACGAUCAUUUAAUUACUGCAUUAAUUGACCUAUAUGCAAAGUGUGGGAGCAUUGAUAAGGCGUAUGAGCUGUUUAAUGACUCGAGAAAGAAAGAUGUAGUCUCUUAUUCAGCUAUGAUUCUUGGGCUUGGUAUGAACGGUAGGGCAGUGGACGCUAUUAGACUGUUCAAGGAGAUGGUAGAAGCUGGUAUUAACCCUAAUUUACACACAUUUAGUGGAUUGUUAGCAGCUUAUAGCCAUGCUGGUUUAGUCGAAGAAGGAUACCGAUGCUUCAAGUCCAUGAGAGAUUAUGGGCUUGUGGCCUCAGUUGACCACUAUGGUAUAAUGGUUGAUCUUUUAGGCCGGGCAGGGCUAAUAAAAGAAGCAUAUAAUCUAAUAGCUUCCAUGCCGACUCAACCCCAUUCUGGGGUUUGGGGAGCUCUGCUUCUUGCUUGUAGGAUGCAUAACAAUGUUGAGAUUGGGGAAAUAGCAGGUAUGCAUUGCUUUGAGCUGGAGCCAGACCGAGCCGGUUAUUAUUCUCUGCUUGCAAAUAUUUAUGCAUCAGCGGGGUUAUGGACCAAUGUAAAGAAGAUAAGAAAUAUUAUGCAGGAGAAGGGAUUUACCAAGGUUCCUGGGUGUAGUUGGGUGGAGUCAGGGUCAACUGACUUGACUUCUCAAUAUGUCAAAGAUCAGGAACUGAAAGUUUAGGGGCCUGA